CAGCCCCCUCCGCCCACCUACCGCAGUCCCGCCAUCUUCGCGGAUCUCGCCCUUCUCCUCUACCCUUUAAUACCAGACUUUGCGCCCAAAAUACCCGGGGCCUGUCUGCUUCUCGCUCCGCUACGCGUCUGACGAACCACUUCACCCCCGAGACACCUCACUUUCGCCGCACCUGACACCGUGCCCGUCUUCUAUGGCUACCCAGCAAGCACCUACGCAGCAACGUCCUUACAACUCUCCCUACAUGGCGAACGGUGGCCCAGCUCCCGGUCCGGUGCCCGGCGCCCAACCGCUUCUCCCCAACCAGGGUCGCGUCAUUCAGAACGCGAACUCGAGGAUUCUCUGCAUUGCUGAUGUGAGAGGUAACCUGAGGUCGUUGAACGAUCUGGCGAAGCAAGCGAGGGCGGACGCGAUCAUUCACACUGGCGACUUUGGUUUCUACGAUGACCGUUCCCUCGACCGUAUCGCCGAGAAAACCCUCCGCCAUGUUGCGCAGUACUCUCCCCUCCUCGCUCCCGCCGUCAAGAACUCAAUCGCACAAGCGCCUCCGCAACCGCCUUUGAGGGAACGCUACGUACGCGAAGGCCUGAAGCUCUCGGAGCUUCCUGACUUCCUCAACGGCACCUAUUCUCUCGAGGUCCCGGUUUACACCGUCUGGGGAGCAUGCGAGGAUGUUCAGGUUUUGGAGAAGCUUCGUUCCGGCGAGUACAAGAUCAACAACCUCCACAUCAUUGAUGAGGCACACUCGCGUCUGGUUGAAGCUGGUGGCAUCAAGCUUCGCCUGCUUGGUCUAGGUGGUGCGGUCGUGAUGCACAAGCUAUUCGACAACGGCGAGGGCAGGACUACCAUUGCCGGUGGUCAGGGUACAAUGUGGACGACGCUCUUGCAGAUGGGCGAGUUAGUGGAUACGGCGAACCGUGUCUAUGAUCCUACCGAGACUCGUAUCUUCGUCACCCACGCUUCGCCAGCGCGUGAAGGUCUGCUGAACCAGCUGUCGGUUACUCUCAAGGCCGACUUCUCCAUCUCUGCCGGUUUGCAUUUCCGGUAUGGCAGCUCCUACAAUGAGUUCAGCGUCAACCCCACGUUGGACCACUACCGCGGCAAGCUUGCGGCGUCUCGGGCAUCCUUCAACGAUGUUUGGGAGACCGUCAGGAGCGAGGUGGAGCCUGCUGUUUCAGAGAACACUAGCCAACAGAUGCUUUUGAAGCUGGCUCUGGACAUUGUGGAGAAGAUGCCGACCAUCGCUAACGGCGGCAAUCCCUUCGGUGGUCACGUUGGUCCGGCGACCGGCCAGAUCGAUGAGAGCGCCUUCAAGAACAUGUGGAACUUCAACCUGGCUGACGCUGCUUACGGAUGGCUUGUUCUAGACAUUGACCAAGGCAGAAUCGGUACGGAGAUGCGUGCUCAAGGCUUCAACUUUGCGCACCGUGGCGGAAAGGCACCCCCGCCUCAACAGGGCCAGGCCGCUCCCGCCGGCCCUGCAGGAGCGGCUCCUGUUCAACCUCCCGCUGGCGCUCAAGCUCAGCAGGCCCGCCCUGCUGGCCAGGCCCCCACCCCUGCCCAGACCCAGCAAAAGCCUGCCACCCCCGCUCCGGUCACUCCUCAGGUUCCAAUCAAGCCAGCUACGCCCAAGCCUGCUUCGACUCCCAGCAACGCGGCUCCAACUCCUUCUACGUCUAACGCGGCUCCAAGCGAGGCAAAGCCCAAUGGCACGACCACCCAGGAGAAGCCUGCUGACGCUGCCCCGAAGACCGAAUCCUCCAACGCCAGGCCGCCCAUCCAUGGUUUGUUCAUCACUAAUGCGCAGUCAGAGGACGACGCAAGGGCCUUGUUCCCCGAGGAAGUCAAGGCAAAGAUCCAGCGCAUCGACAAGGGCAAGGGCGCUCCGGCCGCUGGCAUGACUGCCCACUUCGACCCCUCCGAGGACCUGCAGGAGAUCCUGAACAAGAUGGAUCCCGACGUCACUAGCGGCAAGCCUGGAAAGCCCUUCGUCAGGCCGUUCAAGCCCCGCACGCAACUGGAGUGGGGCAGUCGCCGCGGCGGUGGACAAGGCAGCGGUUACCGCAGCGGUGGCGCCAGCGACAGCGAAGGAGGACGCGGUGGCCGUGGAGGUUACCGCGGAGGCCGUGGCGGCAGAGGUGGUGAGAGGGGCCGUGGUCGCGGCAGAGGUGGUUUCAAGGACGGAGCCAGCCCCGCUCCCGCCGGCGGUGAUUCUUAGACGAAGCAAAGCACCAAGGAGAACUCGCCCAGGUUCUCACCGGAGGAUUCCUUGAGUCCGUUGUCUGUCUUUGUUUCAUCCAUAUCCAGCUUUUCCUGACGUGGCUAUGAAGAGGAUGCGUUUGCUUGCUUUUUUCGACGUAGCGAGAUACGAGUACGGCGAAUGGUCUUUUCCGGUUGGAUCAGGCCGUCUGCUUCGAGCUUUCUAUGGCUUUUUUAUUUUCUUUCCGCCGAAGAUGUCGGUAAUCCCCACGGUUGAGCUGUAGAGGAGGGAGGGGAAAGCGAGCGGCGAUCAGCGAUUGUGUAUUCCGGGAGGAGAGAGAAGGAGAAUAUUCCCCUGUACUCUAGCGGAAGUAGUAAGGAGAAAAAAAAGUCGUGCUAUCUAAUGUCGAGUCCUUUG